GAACAAACCAACAGCAUGGAAAUUCUUGUAAUUGGAGACUUAAAUCUUAUUAAUAUCAAUGGUGGGAUGAGAGCUUUGAUUCAACAACUAAAAAAAAAAAAAAAUGGAUUCAAAGGAAAUCCUUUCAAUCUUUUCUUUCCUUUUACUCUUUCUUCAAUCACACGCUCGACCUGCGGGGGAUUCUUCCCCGUCUUCCAGGCUAUCGUCACCGGCGCCGGCUCCUGGGCCUAGUAACCACGGGUGUUGGCUUUCGUCAACGAGUUGUCAUAACGAAAGCUUAAGGGCGUGCCUUGAUCCUGCGUCAAUUGGUUCAAAGAAAGUACUAGUAUUGGUGAUGAACGAAGGAGAGAGAAACCUAACCGUAAGUGUGAGUAUGUCACCUGACAAGACCAAGAAGGUGGAAGUGCUCCCUCACCUAACCCAAAAGGUUGAAAUCACAGCAAAAGUUGGUGGAAAUUCAACCAUACAAAUAGAUGCUGGAGAAUUGAGUUGUGCAAUUCAGAUAGGAGCAGCAGCAUCAAGUUACGGCAUAUUCAAUUAUAUCCCUUUCCCCAGGCAUAUAAGCCCCAUCUACUUACUGAUUCUAACAGGUCUGAUCAUCGGCAGUACGUACGCCUUCUACAAGCGAAGCAAAAGGGAUGAUGGAAUCGCAUACCAGCAGCUUGAAAUGGGGCAACCUGCCUCGUCUUCACCUAACAAUGUCGAUGUAGAAACAGCUCAAGGUUGGGAACAAGAUUGGGAGGGCGAGUGGCGGGAGGUGAAGUCAAAACUAGCAUCUGCGAAUGGCCUUUCUUCUAGGUCUGCCAAGCGAGAUGAUGAUUAGUUUCAAUAUGCAACACAAUUUGAGGGUACCAUUCAUACAGAUACAUGGUUAUAUUGCACCUACGUAUAGGCAGCAUUGGCAUUGAGGAAGAAAGGGGAUGGGAUUUGAGACGGCUUAAUUUGUCUUUAAUACUAAAAAACUUGCAGAUACUGGUCUUGGAAUUUAUGCUCAAAGCAGAGCUUCUGCCAUUACACAUAUUUAGAUUUACAUUGUUAAAAUUUUUUUUUUGGCCGAUGAAUAUCCGAAUCAAAAUAUGAUCAUUCAAAGACUCAUUAAAUGCAUGAAAACUUGAAAAAAAAAAAAUGGAAAUCUAAAGCUUUAUUUCCUUUCAUACAAUUCAAAAGAUACACGAUAUACUGAAUCACGGAUUGACCGGUAAAAGGCUUAUGUUCAAGUUUCCAAUGAUCCUGGUCUCAGAUUCAAAUUUGUACAACCCCUACUCCUAUCCUUUGUGGGAAAUUUGGGAUCAAUGGAAAUGGGUGUGAUGAUGGUGGCGAUGCCUACAAUCAUCCAACCCAAAACAUUGGAGGAGUGGGUAACAACUUACAAACAAGCAUCUCCCAACUCCUCUCAACGCUGAACCACCCACUCUCACACAAUACACUUUGAUUAUUGAGCCCUUUUUUCUGCUCUUUCUUCUUUGAAUCC